AUGGUUGAGAUUUUUGAUCCUAGCAAGGGCAGAUUCAUUGUACAAGACUUGGUUGGCGAAGUGUCUCUCGGUGCCGUGGAUGUUGAGUGCAUCUUGGCCUUGGAGAACCACGGACUGUCGGCAGAAGGUAUUCUCGGUGAGGAUGUUAAAGAUCGAGUGCCGCCUCAAUUCCUGAGCAAGACCACAGUUCUUGCUCCCAUGUCAAGCAAGACUGUACCAAAGCAAUAUUACGCAUUGGUGGACGAUGUGAAGCGUAUAUCCAAGAUUAAUUGGAAUGCAUUCACCCUCCGGGUUCUGCUGGACUGCCUUCGCAACGUGAGGAAAGGCAAACACCUCCGCCAAUGGCCGAGAGGGUACUUAGCUCUCCUGCAGUACCUGUACUGGGAGAAGGUUCAGCCUCUGGAAGGUGAAUGUGCAUUCAAUCCUAGCUUGUCCAUGGAACCUCUAAUGAGGAAUUGGACUGAAGCUGCAGCCUCAAGGAGAGACAAGUUUGAUUAUGACCACGGCCGUGGCCGUGGUAACAUCAAGAUUGAAGACAACAUAACCAAGGAGUAUAGGGCGCAGGAGCGCAAAGUACCCGAACCAGAAAAGCCAAAAAUGAAGCCCGCCGUUGGUGCGGCAAAGAAGUCCAAGUUAGCCUCAAACGCGGACGAGAUGAUGAACCUCAUCAUGAAGCGGUGUAUGGAUUACAUACGCAGCCAAAUGAAGGAAAUACCGGAACAAGUAGCCGAGAGAUUGUUAGAGAAGUUGAACCAAAAUGGUGUGAUGUACAAGCCAGCGGCUGCUGCGGCUUCCGGCAAGAACGAUGCCGACCUAGAAGUGGAUUCCUUUGAGAAUGAGCCGGUGAUUGAUUUGACACAGCCUGACGAGCCUGUUGUAAACCAGAACAACGAUGAUGAGGAAAAAACACCUGCCAAGUUAAAUGUUGACAAGACAACGAAGCCUACUGAUGAGUGCGGCGCAACACCGGAGAACCCUUGGAUUGUAGCUCUGUUUAGUGACAAUGACAUGGAAGGCUCUGUUAAGGACGAUUUGACACUGGAACUCAUCGAUGCUGCUGUUGCGUUUGUGGAGGCAGCUGCUCGGUCUGAGAAGAAUAUGACAAAAAGAGUUUACUACAAUGAACGUGGCACCUCUGUGACUGUGGAGAGUAUACGACCGAUUAUCGAUGCUUAUCAGACACAUUUGGCUCUGCGCGUUGGUCAUGAUCGGCACCUCUGUCCAGCCUGGAGGUCCAACUACCUUGUUGAUCGUGCUAAGGCACGAUACAACCCUAAACCGUCGAACUACAACAUGGAUAGUGCGCUGAGCAGAGCUGGAGCAGUACGUAGGGUUCUGGACGAGUAUACCGUCUGUGAUAAGUCGUUUAUCCCGUUGAACGUCGGCAAUACACACUGGAUCACCGUGGUGAUGCACAACCUCAAGAAAGAAUUCCGAGUUUUUGAUUCGCUCUAUGCUCUCGAGUUCUCUCUCGACACUGUGAAAGCACUGCGACUAGCAAUAGCAAUUGAUAUGGAAGAGGCAAACCGUAUUACACCUGGCAAAUAUCCAGAUGUCACUAAGUGGCCUAUCAUACCUCAGAUCGACAUGCCACUACAAGAGGACGGGAACUCUUGUGGCCUUUUUGUGAUUGAAGUUAUAGAGUGUUGGGACGGGGACCGAUGGACCGCCGAUUUUACCCAGGGCACGGUUAAUGCAAGGAGAAGGCGUCUCGUCGCCGAGUUGGUUCUCUCACCUACCAACACGCUCGAAUGUGUGAAGAACAAAAUCCGCGACAUCGCAAAGAAAAGCAAGGCGUGA